AUGUCUCCCAAUAACCAACCGAUAGAUCCUGACUGGCCACCAGGAACUGUUCGGAUCGAAGACUAUUCCGAAUCAAGUCAGACCUCAGAUGUUAUUUUAGAGCCAAAGCCCAGCAACGAUCCAAAUGACCCUCUGAAUUGGCCGCAAUGGCGGAAGUACUUGAACUUCGGUUUAGUCUCCUACUAUGUGAUGAUGGUUCUUGCACUAAUCGAUGUGGCAACGGUGACGUGGGGAUCAGUCAACCUAGAGCUCGGCUUCAGCUUUGCCCUGCUGAAUGACAGUUAUGCUGCAGGAUGUGGUGCAUUGUGCAUUGGCGGAGUGAUCCUCAUCCCCUUUGCACUAAAGUUUGGCCGACGACCAGUUUACAUCUUCAGUACUGCAGUUCAGUGCGGAAUCAGUGUUUGGUCUGCGAAGAUGCAGACUGUCGCAGACUUGAUGCUGGUCAAUGUUCUGAGCUGUAUAGUUGGGGCUCUAGCAGAGGUCCUAGUGCAGAUGACUGUUGCUGAUGUCUUCUUUGUUCACGAAAGAGGUCUCAUGAAUACAAUCUACUUCUGGUUCAUGACAGUCGGAGCGACUUUGGCACCCCUCGCCGGUGGAUUCAUCACUCUUUCACAAGGCUGGCGCUGGGUUUGGUGGUGGAUGGCUAUCCUCUUUGGAGCUGGACUCGUCGGCUUCGUUUUCUUCUACGAGGAGACUAUGUUCGGUGACCCACCUAUCAACGGAGUGCCCGUUUCCGAGAUACAGUCCACGGAAGCAACAAUGCACAAAAAGGAUAGUAUCGAGGCAGCAGCAGUCGAAGGGAUUUGCAUCCCACAUGCUGUCGCAGUUAAGGCCGAGGCUGUUGAGAUUGACCACUCAAUACCAGAAAAGACUUAUCUUCAAAAACUGGCUUUUUGGUCUAACUCGCCGAUGCCCUUUGGUCAAUUGCUAAAGCACAGCUACCAGCCUUUCUUAAUUCUGUUCAGUGUCCCGGCCGUAUUCUUCAUGGCCGUCGAAUAUGGAAUCAUGACGGCCUGCACCACCGUCCCGGUCACUACUCUCUCAUCGGUCAUGACAUUACCACCUUACAAUUUUGGGUCCGCCCAGAUUGGGCUGAUGGGAAUCCCACCAUUUCUCGGUACCACCAUAGGGACGCUGGUUUGUGGACCACUGAGCGACUAUAUCGCUCUAUACCUGGCGAGAAGGAAUAACGGAGUCUUCGAACCAGAGAUGCGUCUUUGGCUGUCAUUGAUCUUCACACCAUUCGUCCCAGCGGGUCUUUUCAUGUUUGGAAUCGGUUUAAACAAUGGAUCCCACUGGCUCUUACCGGCAUUUGGGCUUGGCAUCUGUGGAUUUGGUGUUGUCCCGCCCAGCAGUGCCGCAUUGACUUACCUGACUGAUGCAUACACUGAUAUUAUUGCAGAUUCGAUUGUUGGUGUGACUUUUAUACGCAAUCUUAUCUCCACCGUAUUCGUUUUUGCACUUGCUCCCUGGGUUGAUCGGGUCGGGUUGACAUGGUUCUACGUUACUUUCGGCCUUAUUUCCACAUUGGUUCUUCUUGGAAACUUUAUAUUCAUUUACUUCGGCAAGAAAUUUCGAGUGAUGACCGCGGGAAGAUACCGCCAAUAUAGUGAAGACAACCUGGUAUUGAGGGAGAAUUGA